CAAAUCAAUAAAAGUACUUCGAAUUCUCUGGAUAUGAAUCUAUGAAGAACUGAAAACCCGUGCUGAAAACAUCAACGAAAAAGGUGAACUCGAGACGGACAGCAAUAGCUCAAAAGCGAAGGAUUCAACAGCAGCUGAUAUGGACAACGAAUCCUCCAAUUGUGGUGGAUCAUUUAGCCAACCAUCAAUGAUGGGUUCCAUAACAACUCAAACGAAUGAACAACAAGAAGUUUUGGCCCUUAAGAAGGCCCUAGAAUGGGAAUUAGGCUUGGAUUCACGUGAUUUGCGCUCACACGCCUGGUAUCAUGGGCCAUUGCCACGCCAACGUGCCGAAGAGAUUGUUCAGCGUGAAGGAGAUUUUCUGAUUAGAGAUUGCACAUCCCAGCCGGAUAACUAUGUCCUUACGUGUCGCACUAAAACAUCUGUGCUUCACUUCGUUAUCAACAAGAUUUUGGUGCAACCCGAUACUGUGUAUGAACGGGUACAAUAUCAAUUCGAAGAGGAUGCCUUUGAUGCUAUCCCCGACUUAAUAACAUUUUACGUUGGUUCUGGAAAAUCAAUUUCUUUGGCAUCGGGAGCACGCAUCCAAUUUCCCUGUAAUCGAAACUAUCCCCUCUCUUUUUACGGUCAUAAAAUUGUUGGCAAUCAAUUGCAUUCCCAAAUGUUAGCCGGUUUAAGAGGUGUCAGCCCAUUGAAUUCGCCGCUGGCAGCCAAUGCCGGUUUUCGCUUUGGCGGUACCCCCAUGAAUCAGCAGCAGUCUCAUGGGAUGCUGCAACAUCAGCAAUCACUGCCAACUAGCAUUGGUCAAGCAGGCGGACAACAGCAACAAAGUCCUAUGUCUUCGCCGCCACGUAAUAAAAUAUAUCCGGCACCGAGAUUGCCUUCAAAAAAGCAACGAUCUCAAAGUCUAACACCGGCUCAAGCCAUUGUAGUGUCAAACAUCAAAAACGCCGAGAGUGCCAAUAGUGCUGAUGGUAUACUGCAAGGAAAUGGCAUCGCAGGAGUUUCGGAUACAGCGGUUUCGAACGGUGGUGGUAGUGGUUCCUUGACCCAUCUCAAUCAUUCCAAUGGUCAUACUUUCCGACCUGACUCGGCCAGACGUUUCAAUCAAUUGGAGAAAAGCAACAGUGUUUGUGGCGCUCCCAGCGAUGCACAGCUACAUAACCACUUGGAUAAUUUGAAUAUACAUGGAAAAUUGCCCACCAAUGGGUUCCAGACUAUUGCUCGUUGCACCGUGGGCGAUGUGGUCGACCAUGCCAAAUUUACAACUCACUCGUUGCCACGGCCAGCCACGAAUAGUUUCCGAGGCAACUUAAAUAGGACUUCAAGUUUGGCAAGAGAUUUCAAUGUGGAUGCUUCUUCGAAUAUGUUUUCGAGUUUGGAAAUUAGUAAGAUUCCAGAAUUACCUGAAAAGCCUCCCAGUCCCCCACCCAAACCAAAUCGCAGCAAUGUCAGCAGCUUGGCUCGCCCUCCCAAGGAGAUGGGCGGCUUGGAGCAUCAAUACCCUUUGCAGCGUCAAGGCGGCAUGGCUGGAAUCUACCAACUGAGUGGUUCCGACUCGGGCAAUGGAUCUGGUGACUCUAUGCCUGGAGAUAUGAAUGAAUUUAUAGUACAUCGUGGCGUAGUCAUAAAAAAUCCCCGAUUUAUGAGCACGUCCGCAUCUUCGGUAACUCUCAAAAGUUUGUGCGAGUUUGAUGUGCAAGCAGCCGAGGAGCAAUUGUUCACAUUGCCAUUGCCCGAAGUCAAACUGCUUUCCAAAUUUGAUGUGGACAACUUCAGCACACUUUUACUGCCUUCUGUGGAAAACAGACCUUUGGAUGGCGAUGCUUUGAAUACUUUCAAAAUGAUGUUGCUGGAAACUGGGCCCAAAAUGUUGGCAGAACACAUAACGCGCAUCGACAUAGGCCUAUUGAUUGAGGCUCCACCUACGUCUCUUGGUGAAGCGGAAGAGGAAGAGAAGAAUGAGAACGAUUGCAGUCUCUUGGAUUGUUGUGGUCUGGAGCUACUGACAUUACCUCAGGGUAAAAUAUUUCGCCAGGAUUUGAUUGAGCGCACCCAAUGCAUGAAGCUCAUGGUGGCCGUUACAAUACUCACUUGCCAAACGGAUAUGGACCGUGCGGAAUUACUAAGCAAAUGGAUACAGGUGGCUGUUGAAACAAAGACGGCUUUGGGAAAUCUGUUUGGCUUUUCGUCCAUAAUGUUGGGUUUAUGUAUGCCUCAGAUCCAAAAACUCGAUUCAGCUUGGCAUUUAUUGCGCCAGAAGUAUACGGAUGAUGCAUUCAUGUUCGAGGCAAAACUUCGUCCUACCUUGAUCAGUAUGAAUGAAUGCUCAAAUCCCCAGGCGCCGAAUACAACAGUUCCUUAUGUACUCCUCUAUGCUUUGCUUAAGGAUCGUUCGGUAAUUGAUAUCCUGAAUUUUAAUAACUCCAGUGAGAAGUCGUCUCUGUACAAUAUGUGCAUAACUUCAUGGGAGAGCAAGGCUGAUGACUUUGGAAUGUAUAUUAACUAUGCGCAUUUGGACUCAUCCCGUCAUUUCCUCAACAGUCUGAAAUUGUAUCGUAAAAAUGCAAAAAUUAUUUUAGAAGAAUCAGUAUCAAGAUUGGAUGAACUGUUGAGUGAUGCUUUUAGGACUGAAUUUCAUAUUAAAUUUUUAUGGGGUAGUAAAGGAGCUACCGCCUCGGCCGAUGAUCGUCAUUCGAAACUCGAGAAGGUUUUAGCUCUAAUGGCUGACAAAUUCUGCAAUGCCGAUGCAAAUGGAACGUCAACAACUGCCUAAAGGAGCUCUGAGCCUUAUGGAAUGUUCUCAUAGGCUAAAAAGAGAAAUACAGUGCUAAACGCAUAUAUAUUUUUAUGUGUAGAAACAAUUAAGAAUUUUGAUAGAUACACAGCUAUUAUAAAAACAAUUUUUUACGAUAUAUGCUUAAAGACCGCAAAUAGGAACAUCAGAAACAAAUCAAAACUCAAACUAUAACAAACAAAGAGUUAAAGUAAAUUUGACAUUUUUUUAUUCAAUUAGUUUUCGUGACUUUUUUUCGUAAAUUUUCAACAAUAAUAACUACCUCAAAAUAAUAAAAUUUGUCAUAGUUUUGUUUCAAUACCACACAAAAAUCGGUCAUACCAUCAACCCCCCCACAGAAAACAACAAACAACACAAGAUAGUUUUGAAAAGGCUCUUCCCUUCAAUUGACUAGAAAUGCAAAUGCAAAUUGGCACUGCAUUGAAUCGAUGCAUCAUUAUUUUUGUCAAUGUUAUAUUUUUAAUUGUUAUUAUUAAUUUAUCAUGGUAGUUUUAUUUUUGUUAUUUUCCUUGUAAAUUGUGAUUGAAUUGGAAAUUGUACUUAUCACGUGAUUGACGAGGCAAACACAAUGCUCUUGUAAAUGUUACUAACUAUCUACUUAUUUAUUCCCUACCCUUCGCUUCUUGUUUAAGUUUUGUUAUUACAUCGUGCAUAUUCUCGUUUAACAAAUCGAUCUCGAUAAAAAGUUGCUAUCGCUAUUUCGAUAGACAUUUCUUACCGAAUGACAGAAAAGAUCUAAUAAAAAUAAAAAUAACAUGACAAAAUCAAGGUCUCUCUAUUGUUUGGUGGAAAUUUAAAACCUGUCUUUUCAAUAACAAUAUGGAUAUUAUAUUUGAGCAGCAUCGGUUGUUCAUUUUCUAUUUAUUGUAAUAUUUUUUUUUUUGAGACAAUUUGUACGCUAACAACACAAUCACACUUCAACCCACAUACUACGUAUUUUGUAUUAUAUUUACCUGCACUCAAUAUCAUCGAUUAAUUAUGUUAAGAUACAUAUUAACUUAUUACUAUGUUGUUUUUUCCAAACAUUCCAAAUUGUUUUUAUUGACACACGCAUAUUUCAUAGGAUGUUUUGGUUACAUAUAAGUACUUUACAUAUACUAUAUAAUACUAUAUCCUCUAAAUGGUAUCCUAGGCUAGUAAUUAAUACAGAAUAUAGCAUUUAUAUUUAUAUACCGAUAAAUAUAACAAAAAUAUAUAUAAAAAAACA